CAGGUUAAUCAAUAUCUUCAUGCAUGUAAAUUUUGCAUAUUUCCAUUAUAUAGCAAGAUAUGUUAAGUACAAUAAUACAGUUUGAUAAAAUUUAUUAUAAAUUUCUCUUCUAAAUGAAAAAGUUUAUUAAGCUUUUUAUUAAAUUAUGGAGUUAUUUAAAGCUCUAAACUUAUUCAAUCAAGGAAAAUAUGAAGACUGUACAACAAUAUGUACAAAUUUACUAAAAAAAAAUCCUCUUGAUCAGACUGUAUGGGUUUUAAAAAUGCGUGCCUUGACAUUACAAAUAUAUGUAGAUGAUAUAGAAGGAGAAGAAGAAGGAAUUGCUGAAAGUUUAUUAGAUAAUUAUACAAUAUCUUCUAUGCCUAGACCAGGAACAUCUUUAAAAAACCCUGGUACUUCUUUCACUGGACAAUAUCUUCGACCUAAAACUCAAUCAGGUAGACCACUUACUGGUGUUGUACGACCAGCUACUCAAUCUGCUAUGUCUCAAUCAAUUGAGCAAACUUUAAAAACACCAAGAACUGCUAUGACAGCUAGACCAAUUACUGCAAGUUCUAGUCGUAGUGUUAGAUUAGGCACAGCAUCCAUGUUAACAGAGCCAGGAGGACCUUUUAUACAAUUAUCACGAUUAAAUAUUUCUAAAUAUGCUAGCCAAUCAUGUAUUGCAAAACCAUUAUUUGAGUAUAUAUAUUAUCAUGAACAUGAUGUAAGAUACGCACUAGAUUUAGCAGUCCAAGCAACACAAGUUUGUCAGUAUAAAGAUUGGUGGUGGAAAGUACAACUUGGAAAAUGUUAUUAUAGUUUAGGGUUAAUCAGAGAUGCGGAACAACAAUUUAAAUCAGCAUUAAAAGAUUCUAAAACUAUUGAAGUGAUCCUGAGACUAGUUAGAGUUUAUGUUAGACUUGAUCAACCAUUAACAGCUUUAGAAACAUGUAAAAAAGGUCUUGAGUAUUUUUCUAAUGAUGUGAAUAUUCUUACGGAAAUGGGACGUAUAUUCGAUAGUUUGAAUAAUAUGAGUAUGUCGUUAAAGUACUACAAAAUAAUUGCUCAAGAAGAUGCUUCUCAUACAGAAGCAAUAGCAAGUAUCGGAAUACAACAUUUUUACAAUGAUCAACCCGAAUUAGCUUUACGAUAUUACAGACGAUUGUUACAAAUGGGGGUAUAUAAUGCCGAAUUAUUUAAUAAUCUUGGUUUAUGUUGCUUUUAUGCUCAGCAAUAUGAUCAUGUCAUAUCUUGUUUUGAAAGAGCAAUUAGUCUUUCUACUGAUGAAACUAUGGCAGACAUAUGGUAUAACAUUUCACACAUUGCCCUUACUAUAGGUGAUAUAACAAUGGCGGAAGAAUGUUUAAAAUUAGCUAUUGUUAGUGAUAAUAGAUAUGCUUUAGCAUAUAAUAAUCUUGGAGUUAUACAAAUUCGAAAUGGAAACAUUACUGCGGCGAGAACAUAUUUUCAUGCUGCUGCCAACAUUGCUAACUUUCUUUAUGAGCCUCAUUUUAAUAGUGCUUAUUUAGCUUAUAAGGUUGGAGAUCUUCAAACAAGUUAUAUUGCUGUACAAAAGUCACUAAGUACAUAUCCUAAUCAUGCUGAUAGUAAAACUCUACUAAAUAAGUUAGAGAGAUAUUUUACAUACAUGUGAAUAGAAAAAUACAGAAUUUAUUUAUAUCAUGUAAAAUGUAUUAUUUUAUUAAUGUUUGAUUUUAAUUUUACAACUAACAUUAUUUAUAUAAUAUGUAUAUGUAAAAAAUACAAAUCAUAUGAUUUGAUACUGUAUUUCAUUUCUAUAAUACUAUUAAAUGACUAAGAAGUAAAUGAAUAUUUUAAUAGGAA